CACGGAACGCUCGCCUACGCGUCGCCUACGUGACACGCCACGCACACAUCACUCACUCGAACCCCAAAGGCCGGCGGCCGCGAAGCUUGGGCGCUGCAGCAGACCCGUUGUGCGAGCUUGCAAGCUCUUUUGGGCAGCCUGUGCCACUAUCAGUGGACGGGCAGCGCCACACGCACCGCCGGCGCAGCCCCGGUGGAGCAAUCGCCCUGCUGCGGACCGAUUUUCUGCCUGGAGCUACACCUACGAGCUUGUACACACCAUAACAAAAUGGUCAUCAUGCGCCCGCCGCACCGGCGGGCCCCCAAGCCUCCUCCUGUGGCUCUGGGCGUUGCGGGCAGCCGCGUCGCACCCGUGCUGCGAUCGCCAGACGUCGAAAACCUGGAUCCACAACAACGCCCGAGGAAGCCGCCGCCACGCAAGCGCGACGUCGCCGAGGCCGUCGCCGGUGCGCGCGCGCGGGCGAAGAAGCAAGCAGAGCAGCGUCUGCGUGAGCGAAACAACCUGUGGCUGCACGGCCGGCGGCGGCGACGACGGAAACGCAUCGAUGCGCCCGUGGUGCCGGCGGUGGCCGAGGGACCUGCCCCGGCGCCGGCGCUCCGUGCAGCACCCGAGGCCCGCGCGCCGCCGCCGAGCCGUCGUUCGUCGCAGUCGUCGCGACUCAAGGACGCGCCAGGGAGAUCAUCGCAGUCCUCGCGCCUCAAGGACACAGCUCCGCUGCCGCUAUCCCCCCAAACGAUCAAGAAGCGCCCGUUCACGCCCAAGCCGCCGCCGCCGCCGCCGGAGACCGUGAAGAAGGAUACUGCAAUGGCGCUGCCCGGCGGCGGUACUAAUUGCGCGUACUGGGAGCGCGUCGCCGCCGAUUACGACUGCGAAAUAAUGGAUACCCUGACGGAAGACAAGGGCAAGGUGCUGAGGAAGCGCCUCCGCGACUGCUGCCGGAAAUUGCGGAAGACGAAAGGCGGUAUCCUUGCCCUAGAUGCGGGCUGCGGCGCGGGCAAGUGGCUUCCCUUCCUGGGCUCGCUCGUCGACGACCUCUUGGCCAUCGACUGCUCACAAAAACUCGUCGAGCGGGCGAAAAGAGUUUACGGCUCGCCCGGCAGGGUGACGGCGACGGGGCGGCCGCGGGCGCCUUGUCGCUUUGGAGUUGUGGACCUCACCAAGGACGAGCCGGGAGAAGUCGAACGCCACGACUUGGUGAUCUCGGCGAAUGUCCUGAUCGCACCCGACCGCGCCGUGUGCGAGGCCAUCCUCGCGGCGACGCUCAAACGCGUCGCGAACGGAGGCUAUCUGGUGCUCCUCGUGCCGUCCAACGAGUCGGCGCGAGCCGUGGCCAACGCCUACAUGCGGCAUCGCCUGCCCCAAAAGAAAAAGCUCGGCCGGUCCGACAGGCAUCGGGACUUCACGCCUCUGAACGCUCCGGAUGUAGAUUCUCAGGUGUGGAAGCGCUGGGGCGUCCGUACGCAAUGUUAUUCGCUGGCCGUGUUGCGCGGAUUGCUGAAUGUGGAGGGGUACGACGUCGAGCGCAUCCAGCGCGUCGAGCACGAUUGGGAUACCGAACUCGACAUAAAAAUACCCAAGGCCGCGCGGCCGUUCGACUGGCUCGCCGUUGUGCGACGGCGAGACUCGGACGAGAAAUAGUGUAACAAUUGUAUAUUAACAAACAACU